AUGCGCUUCUCUUUGCUCACUGUUAUCACUCUCGUUGGGGCCGCGUGCGCCGCCAAGCUUCCUUCCGGUGCGCCUUGCAAGAAAGAUGGCAGCAUGGGCGUUUGCGCGUCUAACCUGUGUGUGCAAACCCCCAACAAGGCUCAGGGAGUGUGCAAGUGA